AUGUAUCGCAAACCAUUGCAUAAAGAGAAGCUUCGGGAAACUGCCACUUGUCAAGACGAAAUUUCUACGUUACAUGAUUCUCAUCAAUUACAAGAAUUAACACAACCAUUAACACACGACUCGAGUGUGACCUCAUCAUCAUGUAUACAUUUCGAAAAAAACAUAACUCAACAAUUCUGGAAUAACAUUAAAUUACCCCUUCGAGUGGAAUGGAUGAAAAACAAAAUUUCACACUCCUUACCAUUCUGGAUUCAAACUCUUUAUGGAAUGAUUUCACCACCACCCAUCAUGAAAACUGAGACCGAAACUCGUUCAUUUCCUAAAAAGAUUCUCCUUUUCAAUUAUUUACGUUCCAUUGGUUUCAAUGGACAAGGUUCCACUCCGAGAGGAGAAUUGACACAAUGGACGGAUUUAGUCAUGGCUCUCGCUUUACAAAACCAUCAUGUGUAUUAUGUUCAUGAUUUUGAAGAAUUAGUGAAUCAAGUUUUGCCUGAACAUUCCAUAGAAUCGUUUCAUUUGAUUUUCACAGAUUAUUCUUCAUUACACAUGUACCUCUCGGAAAAACUUGGAUUCAUUCAUCAACUUGGGCGAGAAUUGAACUCUCGACCACAAAAACAUCAACAACUCUCGAAAUGUAGAUUGAGAAUUUUGGAUAGUUUUGGAACACACCAAAAGUAUAACUCAAUGAAUGCAGCAGAUGUAUCUGAUCGUUCGUCGUCAUCAUGGUGUUGUUGGAAUUUGAACUUGAAACAAAUUUUAACAUUACAACCUUUAAAAAUUCCAGAUCCAGUCAAUCAAUUUUUAGGAAUUGCCAUUCCUUUCGAUAUGGAGAGCAUUCUUCAUCGAGACAUGUCAAGAAAGAAACGACAGGCAUCAUCUGGAAAAUACAGAGCUUUGAUUUGGGCCAAGGAAUUCAAAUAUUUUGAACGAGUACCUUCGAGUUAUUUGAAAACUAUUUCUGAAAGAUUCGAAUUGGUAACAACAUUGACUUUCAAUGAUUUUGAAAAAGUGAGAAUCAAAUUUCCAACUGUUGAAUUCACAAAUUUGGGAAUUCUCACUCAUUCAUCCUAUGUUAAGGUAUUAAGGGAGAGCGUUAUCUAUGUCGGGUUAGGAGAGCCGUAUAUUGGUCCAAGUAGUUUAGAAGCUCUCGCGUACGGUAAUGUCAUUUUCAAUCCGAGAAUUAAGCCUUUCAAGUUGAGUGACAUUGGAAAGCCAUCCGAUGAAAUAUAUACAAGUCAGGUACCGUAUUUGGAAUCUAUUGGUGCUCCAAAUGUUAUUACUUUGAGAAUGAUGGAUACAAAAAGUGUAGCAAGACAUGUACACGAUGUGGAAUUAUUGUUAGAUGAAAAUCACGGUGUGAUUCCUCCAUAUAUUCCUAGUGAGUUCACUGUCCAGGCCUUUUUCUAUCGAGUGUACAGUAUUGUGAAUUCGUAUGACUUUUGUGACUAG